AUGGCGGUUGGCAAGAACAAGCGCCUUACAAAAGGCGGCAAGAAGGGUGGCAAGAAGAAAGCGGGCGAUCCUUUCCUGAGGAAGGAAUGGUAUGACAUCAAAGCCCCCAGCAUGUUCAGUGUGCGGCAGUGUGGCAAGACUUUGGUCUCUCGGACGCAGGGUACCAAAAUUGCCACGGAAGAGCUCAAGGGCCGUGUGCUAGAGGUGAACUUGGCCGAUCUCAACAACGAUGAGGAUCAGGCGUCCAAGAAGAUCCGCCUUUGCAUCGAAGAGGUUCAGGGCCGCAGCUGCCUUACAGACUUUCACGGCAUGACCUUGACCCGGGACAAGAUUUGCUCCCUGAUCAAGAAGUGGCAAACCCUCAUAGAGGCCCAGGUGGAUGUCAAGACCACUGAUGGUUAUGUUGUCCGCAUGUUCUGUAUUGCCUUCACCAAGCGCCGGCCAGAGCAGGUUAAGGCCAACUGCUAUGCGCAGUCUGCCCAGAUUCGCAAGAUCCGUCGCAAGAUGGUGGAGAUCAUGACGCAGGAGGCAAGCAAGGUGCAGCUGCGGGAGCUUGUGAAGAAACUCAUUCCUGAGUCCAUCGGUAAGGAGAUCGAGAAGCAGACCCAGGGCAUCUUCCCGCUGAAGGACUGCCUCAUCCGCAAGGUGAAGCUCAUGAAGAAGCCAAAGUUCGAUAUCACAAAGCUCAUGGAGCUGCACGGAGACGGUGGUGAUGAUAUGGGUGUUGAGAUGGUGCGCCCAGAGAAUGAGGAAGCCAUGAACACCCUGUCAGCUGAUGUGGCCGCCGCUGAGGAUGAUUGA